AUGUGGACAGAAGAAUGUGAGGAGGCUUUGCAGUCAUUGAAGGAAUACCUUUCCCACGCCCCACUCCUCGUCAAACCAUUACUCGACGAAGACCUGUAUCUUUACCUUGUCACCUCGGACCACGCCACUAGUUCCGUGCUCGUUCGGAAAGGGAUAGAACAUCAACCGAUCUUUUACUUGAGCAAGACGAUGACGGAUUCUCAGACGAGGUAUCUGCCUAUGGAAAAGUUAGCAUUAGCUCUUGUUUCAACGAAAACAAGUCUCUUGCCUUACUUUCAAUGCCAUAGGAUUGUGGUCCUCACUGAAUUUCCUCUCAAAGCUGCAUUGGCCGACUUCUUUGUCGAACUUACUCCUGGGUUGCGAGAUGAAGCCAACGCUCUGGCCACAGCCGUGGAAGAAGCUCGGAUUGCCGAAGAAGAAGCUUUUAUAGAAUGGAGGGCUGGGAUCGUCCUCGUUUCACCGAGCGGAACCAUUCAUGAGAGUGUGGUCUCUAUAGGGUACCCGGCAACGAACAACGAAACAGAGUACGAAGCUCUUAUAGCUGGGCUACAACUUGCUCUUCGGCUCGAUGCGGAUUCGAUUCACGUCUUUUGUGACUCUCAGUUGAUUAUGGGUCAUUUGAAUGACGAUUAUCAAGUCAAGGACGAGCGUAUGAACGCCUAUGUUAGUCACGUCUUAGCGCUUUUUCAGCAGUUCGGCCGAGUUAAGGUGGAAUGGAUCGCUCGGGAACAUAAUACUCAUGCUGACGCCCUAGCAGGUCUUGCUUCGGUUUACAAGACCUUAGGCAGUCGCACCAUUGUGUUUGAUGAAGUCGAAUCUCCCAGCUUUGAGCCAUCGGUUUGCCCGGUCAUGACAAUCACCCUUGGUCCGAGUCAAAUGGAUCCAAUAAUUGCUUACCUACAAAAUCAGGUACUCCCACCGAACAGAACAGAAACGCACAAAAUCCGAUGUCGAGCAGCCAACUACUUCUUGGACCCGAAGGGAAACCUCUAUCGAAGAACUUUCACAGACCCCGACUUACGAGUUGUUCAUGAAGAUCAAGUAGAGGGUGUUUUGGACGAGCUUCACUCGGGCAUUGUGGAGCACAUUCUGGUGGGCGAACUAUGGCCCAACGAGUGCUAA